GCACCACACCUAGAAAUGGAGAAAUCAAACAGGUUUAUUUUGGGGUGCGGACCCUUAUCAGCUGGCUCUGCUGAUAGAUAUACCGUGGCACGACAGUACAGCAGUACCUCAUUUGUACGGACAACAGCUCACAGAACAAUGAAGGCCGUGUUUAUGCUCCUUGUCCUGCUGCCUCUGGCCUUCUCCAAGCCACUAGAGAAAAAGAUGAUUUUCGCUAACAUUCUAGAUACAAACGAGCUCAAGCACAUUAUGUCUCUCUUGGUAAAUACCCUUGGUUCCGACACGACUGAGCAGCUCUGCGAGAAAGAGUGCCCUCUCAUCGUCAAGGCGGACGUCCUCAAGAUGGCCUGUCCCUUGGUCUGCCCUUCCUUCCAGACCCUUCUAAAAAAAUUCAAUCUCUAAAAGCCUCAAUAAACAUUUGAACCCUGUG